AUGGCCGUCUCUGCUAAAACUCCAACGGUUUCUUCAUGCCACUCCGAUCUCUCAAACUCUCUUCACCAUAACCAAAUCUCCCAAACCAUUAAUUUCUUAGUUUCAUCACGGAGCUGUAAACUUUCCCUACAAAAGAAGCAUAAAAUAUUCGUAGUCAGCACUGAUUCCAUCGACACUAGAGACCCCAAUUCCGUCAUAUGCGAUCUUUGUCUCCGUGGGAACCUCGAACAAGCUCUAAUACAGCUAACUGCAAUGAAAAAACUCCGACUUUCGGUCGAAGAAGAAACUUACAUCACAGUAAUUGACCUCUGCGAGCGGAAACGAGCAGAGCCUCAAGGGCGUCAAGUGUACAUUUUAAUAAAGAAUUCGACAACCCAAUUAAGUAUCAGACUUGGGAACUCGUUGUUGAGUAUGUUUGUUAGGUUGGGUAAUUUGGUCGAAGCAUGGUAUGUGUUCGGUAAAAUGUCUGAGAGAAAUGUAUUUUCUUGGAAUGUAUUAAUCGGUGGGUAUGCUAAAGCAGGUUACUUCGACGAGGCUUUAAACCUAUAUCAUCGAAUGUUGUGGGCUGGACUUCUACCAGAUGUGUAUACUUUCCCUAGUAUUUUAAGAACUUGUGGGGCCAUACCUGAUUUACUCAGAGGAAGAGAAGUCCACCUUCACGUAUUGAGAUUCGGAUUUGAAUCUGAUACUGAUGUGAAUAAUUCCCUAAUCACCAUGUACGUGAAAUGCGGGGAUGUGUAUAGUGCUCGCAUAGUGUUCGAUAAAAUGCCUGUAAAAGACACCAUAUCAUGGAACGCAAUGAUUUCUGGAUAUUUCGAAAAUGACAAGUGUCUUGAAGGCCUAAAUCUAUUUCUUGACAUGCUUCAUCAUUCUGUAGCUCCAGAUUUGAUGACUAUGACUAGUGUAAUCUCAGCCUGUGAAUUCAUUGGAGAUGAAAGAUUAGGAAAAACCCUUCAAGGGUACGCCACAAAACAUGAAUACAGAAAAGAUGUCUCCAUUGACAACUCAUUAAUACAGCUUUACUCAAGUCUUGGAUCUUGGGAAGAAGCAGAAAAGAUUUUCACCCGAAUUACAUCAAAAGAUGUGGUAUCAUGGACAUCCAUGAUUUCAGGAUACGAGAACAACUCCCAACCCGAAAAAGCUCUUGAAGUCUACAACAACAUGAGAAAAGACCAUGUUGCCCCUGAUGAGAUCACUCUUGCUAGUGUUAUUUCCGCUUGUGCUUCAUUACAACUCUUGGAUAUGGGAAUCGAGUUACACGAGUUUGCAAAAAAGACUGGACUUAUAUCAUACACCAUAGUUGCCAAUUCUUUAAUCGAUUUAUAUUCCAAAUGUAAACUUAUCGAUAAGGGUAUAGAAGUCUUUCAACACAUUCCCAACAAGAAUGUGAUAUCAUGGACUUCAAUCAUACUUGGUCUCAAGAUCAACAAUAGAAGCCUUGAAGCUCUUAGUUUCUUUAGAAAAAUGAAACUCACUUCAACUCCCAAUUCAAUCACAUUAAUUUCAAUCCUAUCUGCUUGUGGUAAGAUAGGAGCUUUAAUGGCAGGAAAAGAGAUACACGCGUACACCUUAAGAGCUGGACUAGCUUGUAGCGGAUCAAAAUAUCUACCAAAUGCACUCCUUGACAUGUACACAAAGUGUGGAAAAAUGGACACUGCAUUGAUCCAAUUCAAUUCACAGCAUAAAGACAUUACUUCUUGGAAUAUUUUAUUAAAUGGAUAUGCACAAAGAGGAAAAGGGAAAGAAGCAAUUGAUUUAUUUAACAAAAUGGUAAAAGAAUCAGUAAAACCAGAUGGGGUUACUUUCAUUUCUUUAUUAUGUGCUUGUGGUAGAUCAGGUAUGGUGGAAAAGGGUUUGGAGUAUUUCAACAUCAUGACAGAAAAUUACAAUCUUACCCCUAACCUAAAGCAUUACGCUUGUGUGGUUGAUUUACUUGGACGCAAUGGGAAGCUUGAAGAAGCUUAUCUGUUCAUCAAAAAAAUGGAUAUAAAACCGGAUAUUGCAAUAUUUGGAGCUUUGUUAAACUCAUGCAGGAUUUACAGUUGGGUUGAUUUAGGGGAGAUUGCAGCUAGAAGGAUAUAUGAAAUGAAUGAGAAAGAUCAAAGUGUUGGAUAUUAUACCCUUUUGUGUAAUUUUUAUUCUGAUAUUGGUAGAUUUGAUGAAGUAGGGAGAUUGAAAAGGGUUAUGAGAGAAAAGGGGGUGACAGUUGAUCCAGGGUGUAGUUGGGUGGAAGUGAAGGGAAGUGUUCAUGCGUUUUUAAGUGGUGAUAAAAAUUAUCCUCAAGAAAAAGAAAUUGAGGGUGUUUUGAAUGGUUUUUAUGAGAAAAUGGGAGAAAAAGAGUAUGGAGUUGAUGAUGAUUGUAAAGAUGAGGUUUUAUGUGGGCAUAGUGAAAGAUUGGCGAUUGGAUUUGGGUUGAUAAAUACAGCUCCUGGGAUGCCUAUUAGAGUCACGAAGAAUCUUUAUAUGUGUGAAGAGUGUCAUGAUUUGGUGAAGUUUGUUUCGAAAGUUGUGAGGAGAGAGAUUGGUGUGAGGGAUAUUGAAUGUUUUCAUGUUUUUAAGGAUGGGUUGUGUUCUUGUGGGGAUGUUGGGUUUAAGCCAAAAGGUUUGAAAUGA